CAGCGUGGCCGCCGCCGCCAGUCCCGCCGAGGCAUCCCGCGCCGCACCGGGCCUGGCUGGGCUGGGGGCGCCGUUGCGACAGCCGGGAGGGGAGGCAGGGCCCAGGACGCGAGGUGGCGACAAGUCGCGUUUGGCCCCAGGGGCUGUGGGGUCACCUUUUCCUCUCUCCUGCCACCCCAAGGCAUCUGCAUUGUGUGUUAUGCAAUGAGAGAGCACCUUGGCCUGGACCUCAAGCGACCCACGUUCUAGUUCUACCUUUGUCAUGUCCUAGAGCAGUGGCCUCAGAUCACUCCCUGGUGCCACAGCUGCUGAGUGUGCCUCGAAUCUGAAGAAAAUCUACACGGUACAAACAGUGCAGGUAUUCUGGAGUGUAUACAACAACAUCCCUCCUGUGACCAGCCUGCCUUUGAGAUGUAGUUACCACUUAAUGAGAGGAGAGAGGAGACCACUUUGGGAGGAGGAGAGUAAUGCAAAGGGUGGCGUGUGGAAGAUGAAAGUUCCCAAGGACAGCACGUCCACAGUUUGGAAAGAAUUGUUGUUAGCGACCAUUGGGGAGCAAUUCACAGACUGUGCUGCAGCAGAUGACGAGAUUAUAGGAGUCAGCGUGAGCGUUCGGGACCGAGAGGAUGUCGUCCAGGUCUGGAAUGUCAACGCCUCACUAGUGGGCGAAGCUACUGUGCUAGAGAAGAUCCACCAACUCCUGCCCCACAUAUCUUUUAAAGCAGUGUUUUAUAAACCCCAUGAAGAGCAUCAUGCUUUUGAAGGUGGACGUGGAAAACACUAAUUGCACUCUGUAAAGAAUUCUUUAUCCUUUGCUGAUUGGUUUUGGAAACGGUCUUAACAGGAGGGAGAGUGAAGAGAAGACUUGCCGAAGCCUGAUGCUGGUCCAUUUAGAGUGGGUUUCUGUCCUUGCAAACCAGGCCAUUAGGACUCAAAGUGGCAGGUGGGGUUGGGGGAGAACGUGCGGGUGUCUGCCAUCGUAUCACUUGCUUUAAAGAGAAAGAAAGAGAGAGAGAGAGAGAGAGAGAGAGAGAGAGAGAGAGAGAGAGAGAGAGAGAGAGAAAGAGAAAAAAGAGAGCAAAAGAGAGAGAAAGAAAAGAAAGAAAGAGAGAGAGAAAGAAAGAGAAAGAGAGAGAGAAACUUUUUAAAGGCUUUCCAAAUUCUCUGGGUUUUUUGCACUCUUCCCCUCCCCAUAAGAUUCCGCAUUCAGGGUAAUUAUUGUUUUCUGGCCACCCUUUCACUGAGGCAUAAGAAUUGGGUUUCCCCUUCAGUGACUCUACUGUACCUUGUUAAGGAACAUCUGCAUAAUCGCCACAGGACUGCCUGUGAAGCCACAGGGCACCGGGAGGAAGCCUAGCCUAGCAAAACCCCUUUUCUGAUAAAUUGUUGUGACACUUCCCUGCAUACUGUGAGCUGGGCAUUGUUUCUUUUGUGUGUGUGUUCCAUAGAAAGCAUACUCAUUGACAGCACACACAUCUUAAAACCCCUUUAAAAAGCAGUAUAAGGGAAAGAAAUUGUUGGUUUGCCUAACAUGAAAACUUUAAUCACAAUUGGGUGUCAGGCUCCAAAUCAAACUCUAGACUUUUGGGGCCCACAGUGCAAAUCUUUCUAACCAGAAUCCUGUAUCUGACCUUUUCAACAAAAGCCCCAUGAUUUGUCCUGAGAGGAAACCUUAUAUUUCUGAUUUAUAGAGGAGGCAGUGUGUAUUAUUUGUACAGCAUAGAGCUUCUUCCAAGUUGCAGCAUGUUUACUCAAAUCAAUUUUCACAUCUUUUUUAAGCGAGCCCUCUUUCCUGCCCGCCAUGUGUCCUUUCUGAAAACCGAUGGCCUUCCAGCAUAGGCAGCUUUCCCCUUCCUCUGCGUACUUGCAGGAAGCGCCUAGUCAUUCACACAGCUGCCUUGAGUGCAUCUCAUUCCUGUGGACUGUGUUAUUAGAUACUGGACUAUACUACUGGCUUCAGUAGAAGAAAGCCUUUCAGAGCAUCACAGCUCCUCCCAGAUGCUCCUGGUUCCCUCUAGGCUCUGCCCCGCCCCCUGCUAAUUUUCCUUCAGAAAGGGCUGCUCUCCUGUUGGCUUGGGUUUAGAGCCACAGACCAGUGUGCAGCUUCUAUGCUUCUCAAAAGGGCCAGCUUUUAAUUCCCCUUGCACUGUGGGAAUGAGAGGUGGGGUUACACUAAGCCUUCCACAUGCAUUUGUAAAUAAAAUUCCCUAUUCAGAUAUUUCAGAUGGCUUUCGGUAGCAUCAGUUUAUAAAAAGUCAUGGCCUCUGCUUGCAUUGCUAAACACGCAGCCAAAAUAAUUAGUGGUCAGAGUUUAAGAGGUACUUCUUUCCCAAAGUUAACCUUCAACGGUUUCACUCAUAAGGGUGUUGGAUCCUUCUAGAAAAGUCCCAGGACAUGUUUGUCUAAAUGACGUGCAUUUCUCUGAACAGUUUUUAAACUUGUUUUAAAACUAUAACUCAAGGACUUUAAAAGUUAUUCUAGACACGAAAUUCCGUUUUAUAAGUAUUUUUCUGACAGAUUAGCACAAAGGAUAUAAUUGACUUCAAUAUUAUAAUUGUCAUAUAUAUAUUUCCAUAAGUAAAUAAAUUUUGAGAAAUUUUUAUUUUUGAACUUUAUUUAAAGCAUUUGUGAUAACAUGUUCAAUUUUUGCAUGUAUGUAGUUUUUGAAGUAAAAAUAAAAUAAAGUAAAUAGGAAUGUUAGGCUCA